CGAGGCUGAGAUGAACGCCACACGGCGGGGGUGCGUGAAGGCGUCGCGAGCCCCGCAGCAGCCAGCGGAGCCAGUGACGAUGGAAGCCUGGAGAGAGGCGGGUGGUCAGGGCCGUUUAUAACCGCAACAUGCGAGGGUAACCACGUCCGUGUCCGCUCACAGACGGCGCUAACCGGGCUCCGACGCUUGUUUUGUUCCGCUGCUCGCAAGACGGUGUGUAUUCGGGAAAGGAUGGAGGACGACUGCGUGUGUGAUUACGACUCGACCUGGGACACCGAGAGCGACGGAGACGAGCCGGCUGCAGAGAGCCAGACCCGCCGGGCGAGUCAGGACAAAAACAAAAGCGGCUGGACUUUAUGGCACCACACGCCCAGAAACAUGAGGGCAGCAAAGGACAUGCAGAAUUACAGAAAAGGAUAUCCGAAUCUCACAGAUGACGAGUGCUCAGAAGACAAAAUGAACAAUUUGCAGUUUUACCUGAAUAACUUUCCCUCCGCUCCUGAUGAUAUCUACAUAGAGUCAUUCCUUAAAGAAUGGAAAAACGACUACAAAAGACUGGAGAGAGUUCACUCAUACAUUCAGUGGUUGUUUCCACUGCGAGAACCUGGGGUUAAUUACAUGGCUUCAGAACUCACCAAGAAGGAAAUUGAGGCCUUUAAGAAGAAUGAGGACGCCAAAAGGAGACUAGUCGAGUCCUAUGAACUCAUGUUGGGCUUUUAUGGCAUCCGUUUAGUCAACAAAGAGACUGGGGAAGUGAAACGUGCUGAAAAUUGGAAGGAUCGCUUUGCAAACCUGGAGCGGAAUAUGCACAACAACCUGCGCAUCACUCGCAUCCUGAAGAGCCUCGGGGAGCUGGGAUUCAAGCGCUACCAGGCCCCACUUGUUCACUUCUUUCUGGAAGAGACUCUAGUCAAGAAGACCCUCAGUAGUGUGAAACGCAGUGUACUUGACUAUUUCCUGUUUGCUGUGCUGGACAAGCAGAAACGUCAGGAGCUUUUGCGUUUCGCCUACCUUCACUUUGAGCCAAAGGAUAAGUUUGUGUGGUGUCCCAGGAAGAUUCAGAAACAAUUCAGGAAGGCAGACAAAAGAGCCGACGCCAUCGGGAAUGGAGAUGGAAAGGAUGAAGCAUAUUCACGGAGUAAAAGCAAAGAUGGGGAAGCAGGUGUGCAGCAGAAAGAGGACGGAGUGGAUAACGGAACAAAGAGUCAGAAAGGAAGCGAUAAUACAGAAAGUAAAGACAAAAACAAACUGUCAGAGGCGUCUGCUGAGCCAGAACCUGAGACUGUGGCAAAUGGAGACACGGAGGUUGAUUUUACAAAAGAAAUAAUGGGGAAUGGAAAUGACUCUGCAGAGGAGGAGGAAAUGGAUCAGUCGCUCAGUCCUGACACCAUGGCAGCAGCAAGUGAGCCCAGUGCCGACAGUGAGCACAAACUUACCAACGACUCAGACGAUACCAUCCAGGAAUCUGACAACAGCAUGCAGACAGAUGGGGACAUCGACACUGAAAAACCACUGAAGAAGAAGAGGGAAGAUGACAAGGUGCUGCCAAGCAACGGCUCGGCUGGGGACCCCGCCUGUGUGCAAAUGGAGGAAAAAACCGGUGCAAAUAAAGCCACUGGUCAAACAAGCCCGGCAGCGCAAACCCCGCUUAAGACUUCAAAACACUCUCCCACUCUCUCCUCUGGAAGGGAGGAAAAAAUCCCAAGGACUGAAUUUAAUGAAGUGCCAGAUAAAAACGAAGACGAUGAAGAGGACAUGUCGCAGGAAAAUGUGUCAGCAACAAAUGGGUCACUGACGAGCGCCGGCAAAACUGAGGAUGAGUAGAGAAAUGGGACGUUGAUUCAGCAUCAAACCCCUCGAGCCCAGAACAGAACUAUGGGACAUCGAGACUAAACCGGAUGAUUGAUAUGACUUUAAAUGAAACAUGAUCAAGGGACAGAGUACUGAGACUUUCUGAGCCUUAUUUCUACUGUAUUUAAUGUGAGAUAUUGAUUCUUUUCACUUUGAAGGAGUAUAUGGAUUUAUUCAUUCACCAAAUGUGGGACUGGGUUUCACUCAGUUUCUACAUGGUCAUCAGAUAGCAAAGAUUAAGUCUGGUGAUAUUAUAUAAAUAUAUAUCAUUUUCUUUCUUUUUUGUUCAGCAAAUCCCAUGAAAAGACCAAAAGUGAUGCUUAAGUCAAUUUGUUCUCCAGAUACUUUCUGACUUUUGUUCCCAGCUCCGAGUCCAUGUGAUCCUCAGAAAGACGUGAAUCUUUAAAAACCGGUCAGACAUGAAGUAUGUAAGUUUAGUUUUUUAAAGGGCUACAUAGAAUGUUUGCUAGUGUUACUCAAACAGGAGUAAAUAGUGUUUUUUCUGGGGGAUGUUUCCAGUGAAGGUGUGUGUACAGCAGAAUACUGGCAUUGAUUUAAAGUAAACUAUUGUAAUGAAAGUGUCACCCAGUGCUUCAUUUAUGUGAUGGGGACAACACUCAGACAACAGAAAAAGAAUGAUCGUGGUUGUUUUUGGUCUAUUCAAGGGAUUUCUGUACAAUAUGAACAUUACCAGACUUUUCCUUUAAGGUAGUAAUGGCUGACACUGUCAGCGACUGAUAUGAAAUAUCUAUAGAAUACAUAAAGCACUAUUAAUGUAUGUCAAUAAAAAAUGAUUUCAGAUUUUCUAACACCUAAAUAAUUUCACAAUUCAACAGUUUUUUUUGCACUGAGAAAUAGUUGGAAGAGGGUUUUUUUUUUUGUUGAUUUAAAAAAACGACUGUUUUCUGGACCCGCUGUCCGAAUGGAUUAAAGACUGAAUGUUUUAGGGAAGUAGACUUUUGAUCACCUGCCAAAAAACAAUGAGAGAAGACGUUGAUUGUACGAUACGUUUGUUAUCGGCAGAACUAAAAAAGCUUUGUCUAUAAUUUAAAGUCGGCUGUAUGUUCAUUUGAAACUGUGGAUAUUUACGAGCCAGGGUUGGUUAUAUUGAUGCAUCUUUUUUAUAUUUGCACUUAAUUUUGAAUAUUAAUUGUUGAAGUUAUGAUAUUUACAUAAUGAAAUGGUAAUAACUUUACAAAAGUACUGACUCCUUUAUAAAUGAUCCUUUUUUUUCCUGAAGUAAAUACCUGGCUGUUGACAAAGCAGAAUAAAGUUA